AUGGGAGACCCAUUCCCAUACACAAUUUUCUCUCUGCUCAAUAGAGGAACUCCCUAUCAUGGCGAUCCGACAACAGAGUGGGAAGGACCCAACUCCGGUGGACAUUUCAAUGCAGAACAAGUCUCAGACACCGGAUAUGUCAUCAUGGACAAUUAUCAGCCUGAAACUGACUGGGUAAGAGUUCCCAUCAGUUUGUUGAGCGGACCAUUAUUUGAUCUGGUCCGAUGGUACAUCAAACAGAGUGCUAGAUACCUAGGAUGGAGUCAACGGGAAUGGCAAAACUAUGCCUUCCUUCUGAGCACCCUCAUGCGGAUGCGUGACCCCUUGGAGAGUCAGGCCACUUGCUUGAUGAAUGAAGGAGCCCUGUACUUUGGAGACAAUAUGGACCAUGUUCUUCAAACUGAGCAAUUCAGUCUGAGCACGCAACUUGUCAAUGAGAUUCAAUCCUGGUACAUUAUCAAUGAUAAAAGCUUACUCUUUCAGACCUGGAUCUUGCGGUCUCAGUUAAGUAACCCCAAGUUCAACAUCAUAAACUGGUACAAUAAAACCGUUGAGCAGAGUCUUCAGAACCUGUGCAAUGAGCUCCUUACCGGAGUGGAUGAGACAGCGGUUUUUGACUGGCUGUACCAAGUACCCACCGGCCCUGAAAAAAGUGCUGUCUUGGAAAUGGUGGCAGACUUGACUAGACAUUGUCCCAAUGCCCAAUUUGAGGAAGUAGGAUCUCAAGCUGUUACAAUAGAACUCAAUGGUCAGCAGAUUCCCUCAGGAACAUACCCAGCUUUGGAACAAAACGCGGCAAUAACCAAAGAUUACAAGAGAAUGUUGCCCCAACCAGUCGUGGUCACAGUUCUGGUAAAUCAACAACCGGCGCGGGCUCUAAUUGAUUCUGGGUUAUUAGCGGACUUUAUGUCAUCAACUCUUGCCAAUCAGUUGAAGGUUCCUCUGUCAAAACUAGCCAAGCCUCUUCCCAUUCAGUUGGCAGUUCAAGGUUCUCAUUCUAACAUCAGCUUUGGGACAUGA